GUACGGCCAGGCAAACCAUACACCUCGCUCUGAGCGCGCCGGCCGGUGCAGUCGGCAAGAGUUUCGCGUGCUUGUGAGGUGUGUGCUCCCUGCUCUGUCGUAACCCAUUCCCCCACAAUCAAGUACGAAAUUGAGGACCUCACAGCAAGCUGCCGGCGAUUUUUUCAAGUCAAAAAGUCGAAAUGGUGAGAGCUCAAGCUACGUGGUACGUAUACGGCAGAGCUGUAGAGCUCCCUGUGAGAGGCUGUUGGCAGUACAGGACAGCAGGAUACCAUGGAGUAGUGGCACGCGACGUCUGUCACAGAGUCUGUGUUCGCCACCACCUCGGAUAUCUACCUCCUGAGCUGCGGGUCUACAGCGGUUAUAGCUGAUGGAACCACCCACACUAUGCGGAUGAGGGCCGUGGUGACGGCGAGAACAGCUGACAAAGUUGGUGUGUCGCUCCACAUGUGGCGGUGCGCAGGCGAACACUUUCAACGAAAACCACGUGUGUGAUUCUCCCACACCCGCCCAACUUCGGUAGUCCAUGAAGUUCCCCAUGGGCAGUCCAUGAGUUGCGCCCUUUGGGCAGCGCAUGGACUACCCGCGGAUUCACAACAAUCCCAUGUGAGAGAAUGGU